ACCACCAUCAACACCAACUAGGCCUGUUUUAUUUAUCAUUCAGGCAAUGGAAGAACUCGGGAUCCAGCCUUCACCGGCUCCAACGGCGGACAAGUCAAAGCUCGAAUCGCUGUUCAUAUCGAACAACACCAACUUGAGCAAUAACAACAGUAACAACACAGCAUCAGAUAUAUACCUCAAGUUGAAGAAGUUGGAGAAGGAGUAUGAGCUCCUAUGUCUUCAGGAGGACUACAUCAAGGACGAGCAACGUCACUUGAAGAGAGAGCUGGUUAGGGCUCAGGAAGAGGUUAAAAGAAUACAGUCUGUUCCGUUGGUUAUAGGCCAGUUCUUGGAACCAAUUGAUCAAAACGUUGGUAUAGUUUCAUCGACAACUGGCUCGAACUACGUUGUGAGAAUCCUAUCGACGUUGGACAGAGAGCUACUGAAAUCAUCUGCUUCGGUAGCACUACACCGUCAUUCAAAUGCGCUAGUUGAUAUCUUGCCACCAGAGGCGGACUCGAGUAUUGCCAUCUUGGGUGACGGUGAAAAGCCAGAUGUCACGUACGCUGACGUUGGAGGAUUGGAUAUGCAAAAGCAGGAGAUCAGGGAGGCUGUGGAGUUGCCAUUGACACAGGCCGACCUCUACAAACAGAUUGGUAUUGAUCCACCAAGAGGUGUGUUGCUCUAUGGACCUCCAGGUACAGGUAAGACGAUGUUGGUCAAGGCCGUUGCUAAUAGCUCCACGGCAUCCUUUAUUAGAGUGAACGGUUCUGAAUUUGUGCAAAAAUACUUGGGUGAAGGUCCACGUAUGGUGCGUGACGUUUUCAGACUCGCUAGAGAAAACUCACCUUCAAUUAUCUUUAUCGAUGAAAUUGAUGCCAUCGCAACAAAACGUUUCGACGCCCAAACGGGUGCUGAUCGUGAAGUGCAGCGUAUUCUUUUGGAGUUGUUGAACCAAAUGGAUGGUUUUGACCAGACAUCCUCUGUUAAAGUCAUUAUGGCUACAAAUAGAGCUGAUACUUUGGACCCUGCGUUGUUGAGACCAGGACGUUUGGAUAGAAAGAUUGAAUUCCCAUCUUUGAGAGAUAGAAGAGAGCGUCGUCUCAUCUUCUCCACCAUUGCUUCUAAGAUGUCCCUCUCUCCAGAGGUUGAUCUCGACUCGUUGAUUAUUAGAAACGACCCACUUUCAGGUGCCGUUAUCGCUGCAAUCAUGCAAGAGGCUGGUUUAAGAGCAGUGAGAAAGAACAGAUAUGUCAUUCUACAAAGCGACUUGGAAGAAGCCUACAGCUCACAAGUGAAGACUGGCAGUGAAGUUGACAAGUUUGAAUUCUACAAAUGAGAAUAUAAUGGAAU